AAUUAUCCUCCUCAAUUAGAACAACAAAAAUGACACUCCAAGAAGACAAAUACAGGUCUCACAUCUAUGGAGAGGGUGAGAAAAACACAAAAUGGAGGUAUGGUGCCCCUCCAAACUACGACGCCGUCAACAAGCUCUUCGAAGAAGGCCGAACAAAGAUAUGGCCGGUUGGAUCUCUUGAAGAGAAAGUUCAAAACCUUGUAAAGACAUGGGAGAUGGAAAUGUUCAACAAAUUAGAUUUUAAUGACUACAAAACUGUUGAUCCCAUUAACUAUAGGUUCAGCCUAAAUGGAAGGAAACUCGUGAAUCUUGAAGAGAAACGUCGGGUAUUAGGGAGAGGUUACAACGCGUUUAUGCAAACCGCCAUGCCUCACAAAUUUAGAGGUUUUGACCCCGAUCAAGAAACCAUUGAAUCUGCGCAUUUGGCAUUCAUCACGACAUUCAAACGCGGUUUUGCCCUCGAGAUUCUUCAGGUUUACUCGGGUCCGCCGGUGAUUGUUUACAAAUUUAGGCACUGGGGAUUCAUGGAAGGACCCUUCAAGGACAAUGCCCCAACUGGGGAAAUAGUUGAAUUUUUUGGCAUGGCAGUUUUUGAGUUGGAUGAAAAUGAAAAGAUUAUAAAGGUGGAGUUCUUCUUUGAUAGAGGAGAAUUACUUGGAAAGCUAAUUACAAAUGGAGGAGAGACAUCUUCAAGUAAUUGCCCCUUCUUGAAGAACACUACCUAAUGGAUGUUUCUUUAUUAAAAUAUAUAUUCAAUAUAUAUCAUUCUACUUAUGUAUACCUAUUUGCUUCUAUGCUAUGGUGAAUAAAAUAAAUGUGUUUCAUUUACUUAA